AUGUCGGACAGUAAGAAGGCAGUGAUUAAAAACGCUGAUAUGGAGGAAAACAUGCAAAGAGAUGCUGUUGAUAUUGCAUCUCAAGCAUUAGAUAAGUUCAAUAUUGAAAAGGAUAUUGCCGCUCACAUAAAGAAGGAGUUUGAUAAGAAAUACAACCCAACAUGGCAUUGUGUUGUCGGCAGAAACUUUGGCAGUUAUGUUACACACGAAACUAAACACUUCAUAUACUUUUAUCUUGGACAAGUGGCCGUGCUACUUUUCAAAUCUGGAUAA